GAGUAUAGACAAUGCCUCUGUGUGAGCCUCAGCCCCACCUAGUGAUGUUAAGGGACAGGCCAGAUGACUACAGUGCGGGAAGGUGAGAGAGCACUGCUGUUGACUAUUGCAUGACAGCUCUUACCACAGAGACUCUUCCGGUGAACAAAUUGAUGUGGGUGAGAAGUGUUUGGACAGGAACAAGAAGUGGUGAGCAGAGCAGAGGGAAAGACCUGGUUAAGAUGAGCCUGAACUUGGUUUCUUCCUUUCCCGUUUUUACUCACUUAUUCUUCUCACUUAGCCAAGCUCUGUUUCUUUAAAUUAACUUAUCGUACAACACUGACAUGUGUUUAGACUCAGUUUGGAGGAACUGACAUUACCCUGACUUAUGUCUGACGGCGACCUGUUGGACCGUACAGAAGAGAUAUGACACAGAAAGGUACUAUGACAAGCAAUGGCACCGCUAAGAAGGGAGAAGAGCUCAAAAUUGUUAUUGUGGGUGAUGGGGGUUGUGGGAAAACAUCCCUUCUAAUGGUCUAUGCUAAAGGAGACUUUCCAGAGAAGUAUGCUCCGUCUGUGUUUGAGAAAUAUGUCACCACAGUCAAGUAUGGAGGGAAAGAGAUUAGACUCAACCUCUAUGACACAGCUGGCCAAGAUGACUACGAUCGUUUGAGGCCACUCUCCUAUCAGAAUGCCAACCUGGUGUUAGUCUGUUAUGACGUAACCAACCCCACCAGUUUUGAAAAUGUCUUAAUCAAAUGGUACCCGGAAGUGAACCACUUCUGUCGCGAUGUUCCUGUCAUUCUGAUUGGCUGUAAGACUGACCUGAGAAAGGAUAAGGAACGUACCAGAAGGCUCAAAGCCAUGGACCAGGCUCCCAUUACUUACACACAGGGUGAGGAGACCAGGCGGCACAUGAGUGCUGAGCUUUAUCUGGAGUGUUCAGCCAAAUAUCGUGAAAACGUGGAGGACAUUUUCAGAGAGGCCACUAAAAAAGCCCUGGCAUCCAGCCGCAGAGCAAAACACCGUGCGAGGAAGAGGCAUUGUGUCGUCCUGUGACCUCUUAGUGAAAGGACAGAGGCUUGAAGUCAAUUGACACAACAGGACACCCUGUCCCCUGGUCUUACAUGUCAAAUCUACACCAUCUGCUGCUUGUCUAUUAUAAACAACUGCUUGUCACAUCCUGGGUCAACCUAAUUCAAUUUCAUGGAAUCUGGACAAUGAUAUUCAACACUGAACUAAUGUCUGCUAGGGUCGAGAUGGUAAUCCUGCUAGUUCUGUGGGCGCAAGGUCUAUCCUGGGAUUCCAGAGUGGUUUUGUUUCCACGUUAGGCCAAAGUAUAAGUGGGAAUAUGAUAAAGUAGAUUGAGAUUGUGUAAUAUAGUCAAAUAUAGUCAAAUAUCAUUUUUAUCAGUGACUGAAUUGCUAUUUUUACUUUUAUAAAUAAUUUGUUGUACCCAUU